ACAUGCACCAAUUUCAGCGUCGCAAGUAAAACGUGCAACUCGGAACGACCCCGACCUGUCAGUCGUCAUGGACAUGGUAAUUAAAGGACAAACCAAGUGUGAGAACACCGCUCGCAAACCUUUUUUGGAUAGGAGGUGGGAACUUUCUGUUCAAUCGGGUUGUUUGCUGUGGGGGAGGAGAGUGAUUGUGCCACAGUCAUUGCGUGCUAAAAUGCUUGCGCAACUGCAUGCAGGUCACAGUGGUAUUGUUAAAAUGAAAGAAAUGGCAAGAAGUUAUUUUUGGUGGCCAGGAUUAGAUAAACAGAUCGAAGGAACGGUAAAAAGUUGUUCAUCUUGCCAGAAGAUUCGCAACAAUCCACCUGCAGCCCCACUUCAUCCUUGGGAUUUUCCUCAGGACCCUUGGCACCGCAUUCAUAUUGACUUUGCGGGGCCUUUUGGAAAUCGAAUGUUUCUGGUUGCUAUCGAUGCCCAUAGUAAGUGGCCAGAGGUAGCUAUCAUGAAAUCAACCACAUCGGAAAAGGCAAUUGAGAAGUUAGGGGAGAUGUUUAGUCGUUUCGGAGCCCCUGCACAACUCGUCUCAGACAAUGGCCCCCAAUUUUUGUCAAAAGAAAUGGUUGAAUUCCUGCAAGCCCAUGGUGUUCAACACAUUAAGUCGGCUCCCUAUCACCCAGCAACCAACGGCCUGGCAGAGUGGUUUGUGCAGACCCUCAAACAUGCUCUCAAAGCAUCACAAGGGCAAAGUACACUCCAUCAGAGACUACACGAAUUUCUCCUCAAAUACCGAACAUCUGUGCAUGCAACUACCAAAGUAUCGCCAGCGAGCCUCAUGUUUUCUCGAGAGAUACGAACUGGCAUGGAUCUUCUGAAACCACCAACCCUGAGUGAGAUUGUUCAAAUGGAUCAACGGAAGCAAGUCAAGUACAGAGACCUGCAUUCCAAGAACCGAGUUUUUGUACCUGGUGACUCUGUUAUGGCCCGGAGUUACCAGAGUGAGGAAAAGUAG